CUUUUGUAAAAGUGACGAGUUUUCAAAAAAAAAAAAAAUCAAAUCGAGAGAAUUGUCAAUUAGAAAGCUUAAAAAUUCGUAAAAAUUUCGUAGCAGAUAAACAUAUAUGAAUAUAUGUGCAAAAGUUUUUUUAAUUUAAAUCGGUCAAUCAAAAUUAAACGUUAACUUUUUUGAAAAAAAAAUUUUAAUCGUUGUUUUUUUUCUCGUUUAUUUGGUAUUACGGUUAUGUUGUCUAAAUUAAAUCAUGUUAAAUUCGGCGUUCGUGGUGCGUUCGCGUUGCGUUGUGCCUCCAACAGACGCAUUUUGUCGCCGUCUCCGCUCAAUCCGCCGCACGAAUGCAGCAUUCUGUCGCAGCAACGCAAGUAUUCCCAGCGCAUGUUCUAUCACAAUCCAGAAGCGUAUGCAACCGGUGCCCGGCGUCAGCAAUAUCUAAGAGAGCAACAGAAGACGACGAAAUAUCAGCCAUUAAAAUAUGCGUCUGGUGUAGCUUUAAGCAAACGCACGGUUAUACCGUCCAUAACAACGCACCAGCGGCACCUGGGCCGCAUGCAGAUCCUCUUGAACGCGCCACGGCCGUCCAGCGAGCCGGCAACCAGCAAUGGCGUUGACAUUUUAAGUUCCAGGGCAUAUUCAACGGAUUUGGUUCGUGAAAAACUGUUUGCACCUGUGGCUCGGCCAGCCAAGAAAACCAAACGCAAAGUCACCGUUGUGGGUUGCGGCAAUGUGGGCAUGGCGGUAGUGUUCAGCAUACUAGCGCAAAACAUCUCCAACGAAGUGUGCAUUAUAGAUGCCAACGAGAAAUUAGUGGAUAGCGAAAGCAAAGACUUACAACAAGGUUCCGUGUUUCUGAGGGAUGCAACAAUUGUGGGCAAUACAGAUUACAAAGCUUCGGCGGAUUCGGCUGUUUGUGUCAUCACAGCUGGUGCACGUCAGAAGCCGGGACAAACGCGCUUGGAACUGUUGGAUACGAAUAUGAAGAUUUUAAAUCAAAUAAUACCACAACUGGUCAAGUAUUCGCCCGAUACGAUAUUAGUGAUGGUCUCGAAUCCCUGUGAUAUAUUGACAUAUGGCGCUUGGACGAUUUCCGGUUUGCCCAAAGAACGUGUAUUUUCCACUGGCACACACUUAGACACCGCACGUUUCCGUUACUUCAUCGCACAGCGACUGGGUGUCGCACCGAGUUCAGUGUUAGCCUAUAUUAUUGGCGAGCAUGGUGACAGUUCGGUAGCGGUAUGGAGUGCUGUUAGUGUGGGUGGUAUACGCUUUACGGAUCUUUCUAAAUGUGUGGGCUCCGAGGGUGACACCGAUAAAUGGGGUGAAGUGCAUAAACGUGUCGUUAAGGCGGCCUACGAGGUGAUCGCCGGUAAGGGUUACACCAAUUGGGCAAUCGGACUGGCAGCGGCGUCCGUAGUUUCGACAAUUUUGGAUAAUAAAAAUGAAAUAGUCACGUGUUCUGUAUCGGCAAAGGGUCAGCAAGGCAUUGAAAAUGAUGUUUUCUUAUCACUACCCGUAGUGCUCGGCGCAAAUGGCAUAACAUCAUACAUAAAGCUAACGCUGAGUGAGAGCGAACAAGAAGGUUUAUGCAAAUCUGCUGAAAUUAUAGAUAAAGCAAUCAAAUCGGUGGGCGGCAAAAAUAAAGAAAAAAAAUAAAAUCGUCGUUCGAGGAAAUUAUAAACGGUUGAUUCGGUUCCAAUUGAAAGUGUUGUUGUUUUAUUUGUUGUAUAUUUUAUGUUAAUGAUCCGCAGAACAAUUAAAACAAUUUCUUAAAAUAUUUGUACUAUUUUAAGAGAUUGUUUUGUUUUUCUAUUAAAGUAGAUCACCAAUUUUUAUUAUUGUA